UCCCGCCGGCGACGGCAGCACCAGCAGUGGCCGGGGAGCGGCAGCGGCGCCGCCGGUACCCGGGCCAGGGAGAACGCCUGGCAGCCGCCCGCAGCACCCGCUGCCUAGAGGCGACAGCGGAGGACCCCGCUGCGGCUCCUGGCAGCCGUGCUCUUCCUGCGGAGGAAUAACUUUAUUUUACCCGCUUCUCCUUUCUCUUUUUUUUUUUUUUUUCCCCGCGGCGCUCGGUUCCCAGUCCCGCUUGGCGGCAACAGCAGCAGCGAGAGGAGCAGGGCGGUAUUGCCGCCGUGGGGUCGGGGAUGGCGAGCCCCGCCGUGCUGGGGAUGUUGCCCCCCGUGAGCUCCCCACCCGGCCCCAACCUGAAUAACAACAACAACAACAACCAGGGCGUGAGGAAGUGCGGGUACCUGCGCAAGCAGAAGCAUGGCCACAAGCGCUUUUUCGUGCUGCGGGGCCCCGGCGGCGGCGGCGGGGAGGAGGCGGCUGGCGCGGGGGGCGCCCGGCUGGAGUACUACGAGAGCGAGAAGAAAUGGAGGAACAAGUCCGGGGCGCCCAAGCGGGUGAUCGCCCUGGACUCCUGCCUCAACAUCAACAAGCGGGCGGACGCCAAGCACAAGUACCUCAUCGCCCUCUACACCAAGGACGAGUACUUCGCCGUGGCGGCAGAGAACGAGCAGGAGCAGGAGGGCUGGUACCGGGCUCUCACAGACCUGCUUAACGAGGGAAAGGUGGCCGGUCAGGGAUCUCCCCACCGCCACCUCGCCUCCCCCUUCGCCGCUUCUUGCAGCGCGGCUGCCGCCUCCCUGGCCGCCGCCGGCGAGGACCUCAACUACGGGCUGAUCACCCCGGCAUCUGCUGCCUACCGGGAGGUCUGGCAGGUGACGCUGAAGCCCAAGGGCUUGGGGCAGAGCAAAAACCUUACCGGUGUUCACCGGCUCUGCCUCUCAGCCCGCACCAUCGGUUUCGUGCGCCUCAACUGCGAGCUGCCCUCGGUUACGCUGCAGCUGAUGAACAUCCGCCGCUGCGGCCACUCCGACAGUUUCUUCUUCAUUGAGGUGGGGCGCUCGGCGGCCACCGGCCCCGGCGAGCUCUGGAUGCAGGCGGACGACUCGGUGGUCGCCCAGAAUAUCCACGAGACCAUUCUGGAGGCCAUGAAGGCGCUGAAGGAGCUGUCCGAGUUCCGGCCCCGCAGCAAGAGCCAGUCCUCCACCUCUUCCUCCUCCGGGGGGGCCGCCGGGCCCGGCGGCAGCGGUGCCUCCGCCACCCACCCCAUCACCGUGCCCGGCCGCCGGCACCACCACCUGGUCAACCUGCCUCCCAGCCAGACCGGCCUCCUCCGCCGCUCCCGCACCGACAGCCUCGCCGCCGGCGCCGGCACCAAGUGCACGCCGUGCCGGGUGCGGACGGCCAGCGAGGGCGACGGCUGCCGGGUGGGCUCGGUGGCCGGCAGCCCCAUGAGCCCGGGCCCCGUGCGGACCCCGCUCAGCCGCUCGCACACACUUAGCAGCGGCGGCGGGGGCCGGCAGGCGGGGAAGCUGCUGCCGGUGCUGGCCGGCGGCGGCGGCCUGCAGAGCAGCCGCUCCAUGUCCAUGCCUGCAUCCCACUCUCCCCCCUCUGCCACCAGCCCCAUCAGCCUCUCCUCCAGCAGCGGCCUCGGCUCCGAGGCUGCCCACCCGCACCACCCGCAGCGCCCAUCCAGCGGCAGCGCCUCAGUCUCCGGCUCCCCCAGCGACGCCGGCUUCAUGUCUUUCGACGAGUACAGCUCCAGCCCGGGUGGCGAUCUGCGGCCCUUCUCCUCCUCCUCCACCGCCAGCAACCGCAGCAACACCCCCGAGUCGGUGGCUGAGACCCCCCCGGUGCGGGACCCGGGGGGCGGCACCGAUCUCUAUGGCUACAUGGCGAUGGAGCGCCCCCCGAGCGGCCGCCUUUGCUACCGGCCUGGCCCCGACGCCGCUGUCGACAGAGGCCAUCGGAAGCGUACUUACUCCCUGACCACCCCGUGCCGGCAGCGGCCCGCCCCCCCUCAGGUCUCCUCCGCUUCCCUCGAUGAAUACACGCUGAUGAGGGCUACCUUCGCCGGCAGUGCCGGCCGCCUCUUCGCUUCCUGUCAAGCCGGGGCUUCCCCCAAAGUGACCUACACCCCUUACCCCGAGGACUAUGGGGACAUCGAGAUCGGCUCCCACCGCAGUUCCGGCAGCAGCAGCACCAACCUGGGGCCGCCGGCAGGGGGGGGAGCAGGAGGGGGAGAUGAUGACGGCUACAUGCCUAUGACCCCCGGUGUGGCCGCAGCCUUAGGGCAGGGAGGCCGGGGUUGCGAUGAUUAUAUGCCCAUGAGCCCCACCAGCGUGUCAGCUCCCAAGCAGAUUCUGCAGCCCCGGGCGGGGGCGGGUGGCGGGUCCCCCGGGAACAGGAGCAGCUAUAAGACCAGCUCACCCGGGGAGAGCUCCCCUGAUGAUAGCGGGUACAUGCGGAUGUGGUGUGGCUCCAAGCUGUCUGUAGAGAGCUCGGAUGGGAGGCUGAGUAACAGUGACUAUAUCAACAUGUCCCCUCGGGAUCCCCAGCACGGGCCUCAGGCUCCCUCCCUCACUCCCCCGGACUUCUUCUUUGCCCCUUCGGGGCACGGUUCUGGUGAGCCCCCCAAGCCCAGCUGCUAUUCGUACAGCUCCUUACCCCGCUCUUACAAGAGCCAGGGCCUGGUGAAGGACAGUGACCAGUAUGUCUUCAUGAACUCCCCAGGGAGGAUGAUUCCGGAGGAGGUGGUGUGUGGAGCGGGACAGUUGCCUGCCAGCACCUUCACCCCCUCCAGCCACACGGUGCCUUCGCCCCUGCGGCACAGCCGGACUGAGAGCUUCUUGAGCCAGCGGUGCCAGCGGGUGGUCCGGCCCAGCCGCCUCUCUCUGGAGACCUUGCGGACGAUGCUGCCCAGCAUGAACGAGCACCCUCUGCCGCCUGAGCCCAAGAGCCCCGGUGAAUACAUCAACAUCGACUUUGGGGAUGCUGCCGUUUAUUCUCCCCCCUCACUGCCUGCGGACAGCCCAGCCUCCUCUCUGGGCUCGGGCACGGGGCAGAGGCGCUCCCCUCUCUCUGACUACAUGAACAUUGACUUCGGGUCACAGUCGCCCUCGCAAUCCGGCAUGGUCUCCGUGGGCUCCCUUGAAGCGCUUUCACCAGGCUCCUCCUCCAGCACCAGCCAGCCCGAGGGGCGCUACUUGAAGGCAGCUGUAGGGGUGGCUUGUUCAUCCAGCCCGUCCGAUGGUGGGGAUUAUACCGAGAUGACCUUUGGCAUGGCCACCACCCCACCCCAACCCAUUGUUCAGAAGCCAGAAAGUGCCCGGGUCACCAGCCCCACGGCGGGGGUGAAGAGGCUCACACUCUCUGGGGUGGAGGCUUUCAUUCUCUCCAGCCCUCCCCCAGAUCCAAAUCGGGGGGCUAAGGUCAUCCGGGCAGAUCCGCAGGGGCGCAGGAGGCACAGCUCGGAAACUUUCUCCUCCACCACCACUGUGACCCCUGUGUCCCCCUCCUUCGCACACAACCCCAAAAGGCACAACUCGGCCUCCGUGGAGAAUGUGUCCCUCAGGAAAAGCGAAGGCCUGGAGGAGGAGCAGGGUAGCAGCCCCAUGUGCCGAGAGACCUCGGCUGGCUUUCAGAAUGGCCUCAACUACAUCGCCAUUGAUGUGGUGGAUGGGACCCUGGCAAACUGUGACAAAGCCAGGUCCAAAGCCAGGCAUGUCCUGAACGGUGGCAUCAAUGGAGUGGAGAUGAGUGCCUAUGCCAGCAUAGACUUUCUGUCUCACAACCUUAAAGAAGCAAGUGCUGUGAAAGAAACGAGGAGUUUUUCUUCAGCCACCUACAGCCCCAACUGCAAACCGAGGCCCAGGUUGGGAAAGAGCUAUUUCCACAACAUUCCCCAAACUGCUGACCUUAAGGAGGGGGGGAGAAGGGGCGGCGGGCACCGGCUACCAAGAAAACCUGGAGUGGAUGGGCGAAAAGCAGGAGCGAAGGAGGCAGUGGGUGGGAUAAGCAGGGGCAACUGGCUGCUGUCCUUCCUUCCUUCCCUCCUUCCUUCCUACUUUCUUUCCCACCCAGCAAAAAGGAGAAUGCAGUAAACACAGCCAUGUUAAUUUGGUACACGGUGGUGUCUGGAGGAGGGGAUUCAGUUCUGCUAUGAAUUCGUUAAAGGGUGGUUAUAGGCUUGCCUUAUUUUAAUAUUUAAUCUGCAUGCCUGUUUAUUUCUCCUCUUUCCCGUAAGCUUUUAAACACAAAACACAUCAAGGAGUGGUGCAGGGAAAGAAGCUGGUUGAAAUUACUUCUCUCUGUAGGAGGCAAGGCUGGCUUCUCCACCACCCUGUUCCCUGAGAUGUGUGCAUGCCUGCUGGGUGUACUCAGGGUUGGGGGAUUUGGGGAGCAACAAAGCCAUGCGGGGAGGAAAAAACUCACCCCAGCAUCACACAGUGUUAGGCACCAAAACCAGGGGCUCAGGUUAGUUGCACCUGUGGCAGGCAAACUGGAAAAGCCAUAGCAUGCGGGAAGGAGAAAUGUAUCACAAAGGACUUGAUCGGUGUAAACUGAAUUGAGUCAUUGACUUCUGCAGGUGUCCUAGUUUCUCUUUUGGUUUUCAUUGGGAUUUCACACCAAGGUUUGUUUACAGAAGGACUGCCUCCACUCUUUAAAAAGAUCACCGAGUAUUCUACCAGCUAUUUGAAUUUCAAACAUUGUGAUGUGGGGGACUACAAAGAAUGCCAUGUUUUACAGAGAAAAACAUGCAAUUUAAAGAAAAUUGUGUUUUGAGCAUAAGCAAGAUCAUUUUAACACAGUAGUAAUUCAGGUAGAUUUGAGAGAAUGUAAUUUUGUAAAAAUGGUUUGCACAAGAGAUAGCUUAUAUAGAAACAGCAUUGUUUACUUCGUUGUUUGCACUUUUUCAAAUUUUGUUUUAAACUAUAUUAGCAAAGUGAGAAGCUUUAAUUCUUCAUAACUUCUUCAAAACCCAAGAGAGGUUUCUGUCUAUUUUAAAAUAUUGGAAAAUUCACAUAUAUUUAAUGUUUAGAACAGGAGAAUGUCAGAGAUACAGGGAAUACAAACAGACUCCUUGUAAUCACCUCAGUAAAUUAGUAUUUUGAUUUGUGUAAAAUACAUGUAAAAAACACAGUUUGAAAUGUGCCUGAGGGUCUGUAGUAGUAGACGUGUUUUCAUGUGGGUGUUUUAAGGUGAAUUAUUUAUAUUAUUUAAAGGUGGCUGGCUUUCCCGUGUAGCUUGUUUCUCUGCUAUCAGUAACUUGCCUCUGCUGUAGGGAGUGCUGUGCUUUUGGAAAUCUCUGUCUGUGUUAUUCUGUCAUAGCAAGAGCAAAUGAGUGCAUCCACAACUGCUGUCAAAACAGAACAAUUAGAAGGUUGCUUGAAACUACCAGUUUGUUCAGUUUUACUGUGUUCUGAAAGUGUGCAAAUGUUUAAGAAUUGGAGAAACACUUGCCGUCAUCUGAUGUGUAAAUAAAGUAAUGCUGUUACUGGUUGGUUUUAACUUGUUAAUUGCUGGUAAUUAGCCUUUGUUCUUAAAUUAUGACUGCUUUUUCUGCUUAAAAAACAUAUGAACUGUGUAUGGUUUUCAUUAUUUAUGGAGAAAUUUACGGUAAUUUUUCUCAUAUAGUGUAAAUUAUUUAUUCCAGUAUAUUUAUGACAGAUUACAUUUAGAAAUUAUGUGACUUUUUAUGGUGGAUCUUAGUUCUGUUGAAGUCAAAUGGGAGUUUUGUCUUUGGUGGGGUCAAGAUAUUGCUCUUUGUGUAAUCCUGAAAUUCUUAAGUAAAUUUCCCAUUAAAUUUAGUGGGUGUGUAAUAGGGAAUUUUUGCUUAAUACAAAACACCAGACUUGGGUGGGUUAUCUUCACUUUUGUUUUCUGUUAACUAAAUACUCUGUAACUUGUGAAUGUUUCUAGUAGUUGAUCUAGUUUUCUGAAAUUGAACAGAUGCUCUGUGUAAUGGUGCAAAAAAACUUGAGGGUUGUUUUCCUCCUGUGUUAGUUAUUUAAAGAAGUCAUCAUCUGUAAUGCAUCUACUUAAGAUCGUAAUAAGGUGAUUUUUGAUAAUAAUGACCCCCCCCUUGCCUUGUCAAUUAGCUCUUCUUUUGUGAGGGUUUUAUGAUUGCAGAUAAACAAUAAAAAGCCUAUCUUAAGAAAUCUCUUCUGUGUCUUUCUAAUGGCAUUUUAGAUUAUUGAAGACAUAACCCUUGUAUCGUUUUUCUUUGGGAUUACUUUCGCACAAUGAAUUAUUAAGGGUUCCCUCCCCCUUCUCUAAUAUGCCAAUUGCAGUGAAGUUUUGGUUCUCAGAGUAGCAUGAGAAUGUUUGUCUUUUUAACAAAACGUGUUCAUUUUAAAAUGGCUUCUUAAAAGUACUAGAAGAACUAUAUGCUGUGUUAGAAAGCUAUGCAUCUUUUAAAGUUCUUUUUUGAAUAAAGUAGUUGUGAUAAAUUCUGCAAGAACAUUAAAAUUAACAGCAGAAAGAACUGAACUAAUACCCUAAUACCUUACAUAGUUUGAUUUUAU